AUGAAUCCACCUGAUCCCUUCUUCGACAUUGAGUGGCGUCUCAGUGAAAAUAUUUCUGCUGCUCCGGAUCCUCUCUGCCAGCCCACAGCUGACGCUCCGCGUAUCGUCGUUGUUGGUGGUGGUGUUACGGGAUUAGUAACUGCAUGGUUGCUUCUGGAUCGUGGCUACCACGUGACUGUUAUAUCCAAGGAAUGGGCUAGUUACGGGCCUAGCAAGCGCCUGACCUCACAAGUAUCUGGAGCACUGUGGGAGCUCCCUCCGACCCAAUGUGGUGGCGUCAGUGCCGUGGAGCAAGGGCUUAGCCUGGGAGAUCUUGGAACAGUCCAGCAAUGGGCUCUGGAGAGCUUUUCCAUUUAUGAGAAGAUGGCGGCAAAUCAGAACUUGGCUCGAUCCUUCGGUGUGAAGAUGGCGAUAUGCACAUCAUUCCAUGCAUAUCAGAUUGCCGAUGACGAGAUCACUUACCGAAAAAUGAGGCUGGCUCAGAAAACCAGCCCAAGCGGAUUCCAUUGGGGAAUGGAUCUUGUAAAAAAGUAUGAUGUCAACGUCAAUGCGCACGGCGGAUUACAAGAUGCUUAUGAACAUCUUGCUCCCGUGAUUGAUACCGACAGGGCCAUGGCAUUUUUGAUGCGACAUGUGAGGUCAAAAGGCGCGGAAAUGUACACCGAUACGAUUAUCGGCGAUCUCUUGCAUCACGAAGCACACAUACUGCGGGCAUACGGCGCGGAUGCGAUUGUAAAUGCGACAGGGAUGGCUUGCGAGACAGCAGCGGAUGAUGGAGUGUAUCCUUUGCGAGGAGCAGUUCUUCGAGUGAUCAACGACGGAUCAGACUUCCCCCAAAUCAGAAGCUCUUUGAUUGUCACAGCGGAGACUAAAGCCGAUGGAACAUACGAGGAUAUAGCUUUCAUCGUCCCGAGAAACGACAAUAUAUUGGUGCUGGGAUCCAUCGAGCAGCCUCAUAGAGCAAAACUUGACCUCACGCCAAACUCCGAAGAGGUAAGGGCGAUGCGAAAAAGAUGUGAGGAUUUACUGCCCAUGCUUAAAAAUGCGCGCUUGGAUCCUGAAUAUCCUUUGGCACAGGGACUCCGACCAUACCGCAACUCCAAAAUUCGCCUAGAAAGUGAAAAAAGGAAGAGGCUUGAUAGGCGCGAGAGCCAGAUUGUACACUGCUAUGGGCAUGGUGGUGCAGGGUGGUCUCUAGCAUUUGGAUCAAGCAAGGAAUGCGUGAAGCUGGUGGAAAAGACAGUUCAACGUGUGCGAAACCAGGCCUUCGCUCGGAUGUAG